AUGGAAGAAAAUACUGGGGGAAUUAAAGAUAAAACAAUUGAAAUUAUUGAUGAAGUUAAAAAGAAUAAUGAGAAAUAUUUCUGGGAAUUAUGUUGGGAUAUAUUACGUUCAAACAGCAUUAGUAGAAAACCAUUAUUAACCUAUAUGUUACUUAAACUUGAUUGUCCAAUAAAAGAAGAACAAUUAGCAAAUAGAGAAUUAAUGUUAUAUAGUAUUUUAAAUACAUUUACUGAUGAAAAAUCAUUAGUAUUAAGAGACAUGUUAGAUAUUUUAUGUACAAGAAUAAAAUUAAAUAGUGGAAUAUUUAAUGAAGAACAAUUUAAAUAUAUUGUUGAACGAAUAUUAAUAUUAUUAAAUAAAAAGGAUAGUGCAUUAACUAGAAGGGUAAAUUUUUAUCUUUUAGGAUUAAAUGCUAAAGACCAAGACAUAGAAAAAGAAAAGAUGGUAACAUUUUAUAAAGAAUAUUCACAAAAUAUAUUUGAAGAAGCACUAACAGAUUUGUUUGAAUAUUCAAAGAAAAAUGGAAUAUUUAACAUAAUAUCUGUUUAUGAAGAAUUACUUGGUAAACAAAUACUUGGAGAACAAAUUAUUCAUAAAGUCACUGAAGACAUACUUUGUUUACUUCAAUUAAAAGAAGAAACAGGACAAAGAAAAGAUGUUGACUUAUUAGCAGAAUUUCUCAAAAACAUGAAUUGUAAAAUAUUAUUUGAGAGUAUUAUUAAUCUUAUUUCAAACGAUAAAGAAUAUGCUAUUAAAAGAACAUUAUCUUUUAUCAAUAUAUAUCAUGGAGAUGAAAAACAAAUGGAGGAAAUGAAAGAAUUUAAAAUAAAAGUUGUUUGUUCAGUAUUAAAUAAAUUGUCUGAAAUUGUAGAAAAGAAUGGAUUAAUUGAAAGAGUAAAAGAAUGUUAUGAUUUAAUAGAACUGUGUCUUAAAGAUAAAUUAGAAGAAACUGAAGAAAAAGAUAUUGAAUUAUUGAAAAUAACAAUUCAAUCAAAUAAAGUAUUUGAAAUAAAAUACUCCAUUUAA